AUGGGGAAUUCAAAAAGUACGGCAGUCCUUAAGAAAGGGGUAAUUGAUGAUGAGUACAACGCAAACACCAUACCCGUAUCUGAACAUUUUGACGAAAUUUACGCGACAGAACCAGUCCUUACGAGUGUUGGAACUGUUGAAGAAUACAAUGCAGGCAUCAUACCCGUAGCUGAUAAUGUUGACGAUACUAACACAACAGAACUAGAUGGUUCUAAAUUGCUACGUAUUGAUGAUGCUCAUGAUUCUUCGUUGUCCGCAAUGAUUAUUAUAACAUUGAAUUUUGGCACACCUGUAGCGCAGCAUGGAAAUGGGCAAGAACCUUUGAAAUUCAGGAUGCUUGAGUCUUUCGAAAACAAUAAGGAUAAUACGACUAACCUACAGGAUGAAAAUGAAGUCCUUAAGAAAGGGGUAAUUGAUGAUGAGUACAACGCAAACACCAUACCCGUAUCUGAACAUUUUGACGAAAUUUACGCGACAGAACCAGUCCUUACGAGUGUUGGAACUGUUGAAGAAUACAAUGCAGGCAUCAUACCCGUAGCUGAUAAUGUUGACGAUACUAACACAACAGAACUAGAUGGUUCUAAAUUGCUACGUAUUGAUGAUGCUCAUGAUUCUUCGUUGUCCGCAAUGAUUAUUAUAACAUUGAAUUUUGGCACACCUGUAGCGCAGCAUGGAAAUGGGCAAGAACCUUUGAAAUUCAGGAUGCUUGAGUCUUUCGAAAACAAUAAGGAUAAUACGACUAACCUACAGGAUGAAAAUGAAGGUGAGUAUGGGGAAUUCAAAAAGUACGGCAGUCCUUUUAAGAAAGGGGUAAUUGAUGAUGAGUACAACGCAAACACCAUACCCGUAUCUGAACAUUUUGACGAAAUUUACGCGACAGAACCAGUCCUUACGAGUGUUGGAACGGUUGGAGAAUACAAUGCAAGCAUCAUACCCGUAGCUGAUAAUGUUGACGAUACUAACACAACAGAACUAGAUGGUUCUAAAUUGCUACGUAUUGAUGAUGCUCAUGAUUCUUCGUUGUCCGCAAUGAGUAUUAUAACACUGAAUUUUGGCACACCUGUAGCGCAGCAUGGAAAUGGGCAAGAACCUUUGAAAUUCAGGAUGCUUGAGUCUUUUGAAAACAAUAAGGAUAAUACGACUAACCUACAGGAUGAAAAUGAAGAGGACACAACUUGCGAGCAUAAGGCAACGGGAUCUGGAUUUUUUGAACGGACUAUAUCCGCAGAUCAAGCUAGGGAACAGUUCAAUGCACAGAAGCGCGCAGCUUAUCGGAAGAAAAAAGAGGAUAUGGUCAGGUUACAAAAGGAUAAUCAGCCUUCCCUUCCAAAGACUGUGUCGCAUGAUGGUUCAACAUUUCCUGCAACAGCUACUGUCACAUCUGGACUCAUUAAUGACAUAGAUCUACAAGAUUUAAUCUUGAAUGACACCCAAGAAACAAAUCCAAAAACGGAGGAAGAACUCAAGAGAGACCAUAGAAACGCCAUGCGGAGAGCUACAUAUCGAAUGAAAAAAGAUCGGCAAUUCCAGGAUGAAAAUGCUAAUGCCAUUAUUGUAUCAGUCUACUGGCACAUUCGCCACGACGACAAUGCAGAUGACAUCGAUGUAUUCCUAAGCGACAUCAUGGGCGAUGAGCCGACAGGUCCCAAUUUGAUGGACGAGGAGUACUACAUGUUUCGCAACCAAGGAUCCGAUAAUGACAGCAUGGAUGAUGAGAGCGAAGCAACCAUGACUGGUGGUAAUCCUAGCGAGAUUGAUCCAUUUGACUUUGUCUACUCAAACAUUCCAGACAACACUCACAUCCUGAAACUCGCCGCAAACUGUGAACACUGCAAGGCCAGAAAAUUUGAGUCUGAGACUGACGGGUUCUGCUGUCGCAAUGGCCAGAUCGAACUUAAGCAACCGGAACCAGUCCCAGAGUUGAUGAGGCUAUGGUCCAGCAUGGAGGCAGAUUCUAGACAUUUUCGGGAGAACAUACGGUUCUUCAACGGGCAUUUUUCCUUCACAACCCUUGGCGUCAGCCUUGAUGAAAACUACACAAACAUGAAGUCUGGGGUGUACACAUUCCGGGCACACGGCACCAUCUACCACAAUGUGCAUUCGUUCGGGCCUAGCUCCCGUCCUGAACAUCUGCAGUUGUACUUCUAUGAUGACGACCCAAACCUUAAUCAUCGUAAGGCGGCGACCAAUCAAUUAGACCAGGAUGUCAUGAAGAUGUUAGUAGACAUACUCAAAGAAAACCCAUACUCCCAGCAAUUUAGGAGUUUGGGUGCACACAAGGACAACCUCGAUGAUUAUAGGAUAGACCUAAACACCGAUAAGAGGCUUGACCAAAGAAGAUAUAAUAGACCGCUGUCAACUGAGGUUGCUGCAAUUUGGGUUGAGGGCAGUGACCUAGCCAAAAGGGGGGAGCUAGGUUGGCACCCAAAGCUACCUAAACGUAAUGUUCCAUGGGAGGUUGUACAACAUCCUCAACUGGGCCAUGAUGAUGAGGAUGAUGCAGAGGGGAAUAGCAGGUUAUGCGUCUCCGUUAGAGACUACUACUGUUACAUGCUGCAAACACGGCCUGCGAUCUUCAAUCCCAUACUCUGUGGAGCACGCCUGCUGCAGCAAUGGGCGGUCGACAUGUACAUCAAGAUUGAGAGUUGUCGGUUGAGGUGGUAUAGGAAGAACCAGACGCAGAUUCGUGCCGACUUGUAUAAAGGAGUUGUUGAUGCGAUCACAUCGGGGGAGACGAGAGCAAGCGCUGUUGGCACCCGAAUAGUUCUCCCUGGAACAUACCCUGGUGGCGACUGCGACAUGAAGAAGAGGCAUAUGGAUGCCAUGGCAAUUGUCCAUACAUACGGGAAGCCUGACAUCUUCUUGACCAUGACUUGCAACCCUAAAUGGGAAGAGAUAACAAAUGAGUUGCUUCCUGGUCAGACGGCGCAAGACCGACCUGAUAUUGUGGCUCGCGUGUUCUACGGCAAACUAGAGGCUAUGAAAUACAUGUUGUUCAAGAAGCAUAUCCUGGGUGUUGUGGUCGCUUACGUUUACGUAGUCGAGUUCCAGAAGAGGGGCCUCCCCCAUGCACAUUUUCUGUUGAUCAUGGAUUCAACAUAUAAGCUUGUCGUCCCGGAGCAGUAUGACCGACUAAUUUCUGCAGAGCUCCCAAACAAGCAGAAGUAUCCGGAAUUGCAUGCAUUGGUGGUAAAACAUAUGAUGCACGGACCCUGCGGUGCUCUCAACCCGAAGAAUGUUUGCAUGCAAGAUAACGAAUGCAAGUGUAGAUACCCGCGCCCGUUCAAUGAGAACACAACACAAGGCAAGGACUCAUACCCAGUUUAUCGGCGUAGAGACGAUGGAAGUUGUGCUAAGGUCCGAGGGAAAAUGUUGGACAACAGAUGGGUUGUGCCUUAUAACCCUUACCUUCUGCGGAUGUUCAAUUGCCACAUCAACGUUGAGGUCUGCUCUAGCAUAAAGGCCGUCAAAUAUCUUUACAAGUACAUUUACAAGGGCCAUGAUAAGGCUUCUUUCAGCAUCGACCAGCCCGAUGCCGAUGGUAACAUCGAUGAGAUCAAGAGAUACGUUGACGCAAGGGUUGCAUUCAAUGCGCAGGCUGACUUGAAAAAUGUUGUCGCCUCCGAAAAUGCUUCAAAAUCCAUGUUAACGGAGUAUUUCAAGGCUAACCAGGAACACCCUUGGGCUAGGCAUAUAUUGUACAAGGAUUUUCCCGGAAGCUUCACGUGGCAGAAGAAAAAGAAGUUUUGGAAGCCUAGGGUCGAGCAUUUUCAAAUAGGUCGCAUCGUGUCUGCCAAUCCUGCCGAGGGGGAGCGAUACUACCUGCGUGUGUUGCUAAACCAUGUUACGGGCAAAACAUCCUUCGACGACUUUCUCACCGUGGACGGCGUGCUAUGUGGGAGCUUUAGAGAUGCUGCUGAAAGGUUGGGACUCAUCGAGGCAGACAACACGCUCGACGACUGUCUUACAGAGGCUGAGCAGUGGGCGAUGCCAUGUUCUCUUAGGAGGCUCUUCGCAACCAUCUUGGUGCACUGCGAGCCAGGCGACGUGCGCGGUUUAUGGGAUAGGCACCUCGAGCCUAUGUCAGAUGACUAUCGUCGAACACGCACGUCCCCAAACGAGGUGGAGCAGAUGGUGUUGCUUGACAUUAGGGGUAUGUUGCAGUCCAUGGGUAAAGACAUUGUUGAUUUUGCUCUGCCAAGCAUCGAUGAUGCGUUUGACCCAACUGAGGGCGAGGCAAGAGAGGUCAUCGAGGAAUCAACCGUUGAGUUUGACAUGGAUGACACUAAAUUGGCAUCUUCCCUGAACUUGGAGCAGAGGGCCGCAUACGAUGAGAUACUAGCGGCUGUUGAACGCGGUGAUGGGGGUGUAUUCUUUGUUGAUGGCCCUGGAGGUACAGGAAAGACCUUCCUAUAUAGGGCGAUGCUUGCCAAGGUGAGGAGCGAUGGCAAGAUUGGUAUCGCUACCGCGAUGUCAGGCGUCGCCGCUUCUAUCAUGCCUGGCGGCAGGACUGCCCACUCGAGGUUCAAGAUCCCAUUGAGUUGCGAUGAUGGAGCCUCGUGCAGCUUCACCAAGCAGAGUGGGACCGCGAAGCUGCUAAGGAUGGCCUCAUUGAUAAUAUGGGACGAGGCCAGCAUGACGAAGCGACAAGCGGUCGAGGCAUUGGACAAUAGCAUGCGCGACAUUAUGGGAAUACGCGACCGACCCUUUGGAGGAAAGACUGUUGUUUUUGGUGGGGACUUUAGGCAGGUGCUUCCGGUCGUCAGAAGGGGGUCGCGGGGCCAGAUAAUUGAUGCAACCCUCCGAAGUUCUCAUCUAUGGAAGGGUAUGCGGCAGCUUCGGCUCAUCACCAACAUGAGGGCUCAUAAUGACACGUGGUUUGCAGAUUACUUGCUAAGGGUCGGCAAUGGCACUGAGGAUGUCGACGAUCAAGGCAACAUACUACUCCCUGAAGACAUCUGUCUGCCGUCCACAGGCGAGGUUGACGACCUGGAGAAGCUUAUUGACCACGUGUUUCCGAGUCUAGAUGACAACAUGUCUGAUUCGAAUUACAUGACAUCUCGCGCAAUCCUUUCCACGACAAACGACAAUGUCGACAAGAUAAACAUCCACAUGAUAGAGCGUUUUCAUGGAGAUGAAGUAAUCUACCAUAGCUUUGACAGUGCGGCGGACGACCCAUAUGGCUACUACGCUCAGGAGUUUCUGAAUGGAUUGACUCCUAACGGUCUUCCUCCGCAUGCACUCAAGCUAAAGCUGAACUGCCCUGUCAUACUUCUAAGGAACAUUGAUCCAGCUAAUGGACUGUGUAACGGCACUAGGCUUGUUGUUAGAGGUUUUGAGAGGAACACCAUUGAUGCAGAAAUCGUGAUUGGACAACACGCUGGCAGGAGGGUCUUCCUUCCUCGAAUACCUCUCUGCCCAUCUGAAAACGACAUGUUUCCGUUCAAGUUUAAAAGGAAGCAAUUUCCUAUAAGGCUUAGCUUUGCUAUGACCAUUAACAAGGCUCAAGGGCAGACCAUCCCGAUUGUUGGUGUGUACCUACCCAAUCCCGUGUUCUCUCAUGGUCAGCUCUAUGUUGCUCUGUCUCGAGCCACCGCAAAAAGAAAUAUAAAGAUACUCAUUCAGAAGGAGAAGCCGAAGGAGAAGGCCAACAAGCAAAAGGACAAUCCAAAGAAGCGAAAAAGACCGACCGUGUCCUUACUGACGUCGAUGAAGAACAUCGUCUACAAGGAAGUCCUUACAGGCUGAAUUCCGGUCUUGAUAGACCGGCAGGUUUUGUAAUGACAGAGCAUUUACUCUUGCGAUGGUCAAGAUUUGCUGUAAUUCGUUUUUUACAUAUAACUUUUUAUUUGUUAUUUUGAUAGUUGGAGGUAUACUCCAUUUAGUUGAGCUACUAAAUGCAUUUCAAUAAUCAUCCGUCACAUUGGCACCAUCAUCGUUGUUAUA